AUGCCAUCUACUUUGAGUAUAAUUACCUCGGUUUUCACAGUUGGUACGCUGUCGUAUUUGAUCUACUUCGACUACCAGCGCCGCCACUCACCCGAAUUCCGCCGCCAGCUGCGAGAGCGUUCCACGGUCUACGAGAAGGAGCAGGAGCGCGCCGCCGCCGAGAUCAAAAACCAGCAACGCUCUCGCCUCGAGUCUCUCAUCGAGGCUUCUCUCACAAACGACCCCCUGCCCACCGGUUUGCAGGCCCGUGAACAGUUCUUCAUUCAGGAGGUCGCUCGUGCCGACGAGCUCCUGGCCACUGGCCCGGACGGUUACAUGGAGGCUUCCCUUGCUUUCUACCGCGCUCUGUAUGUUUAUCCUCGCCCUGCUGAGCUUCUGGGUGUCUACGAGACCACCGUCAAGCCCCCGGCCGUCCUCGAGCUCGUCCGCGCAAUGGUUGUCGUCCGCCCUCCCGCGGCCAUCGCUCAAAUUGUUCACGACACCGCUUCUGUCGAGUAA